AUGAAGCCCGAUUGGGACAAGCUGAUGAAGAACUGGAACAAGGGCGAGAGGGCCAAGACCAGCCUCAUCGCGGACGUCGACUGCACCGACGAGAAGGCUAAACCCCUCUGCGAGACCCACGGGGUGGAGGGCUUCCCCACCAUCAAGUGGGGCGACCCGAGUUCGCUGGAGACUUACGAGGGAGGACGGGAGUACAAAGACCUGAAGAAGUUCGCGAAGGAGAAUUUGAAGCCGAUGUGCAGCCCCGUCAACAUUGACCUGUGCGACGACGCGAAGAAGGCCGAGAUCGCGAAGUUCCAGGCCAUGACCCCCGAGGAGCUCACGGCGGCGAUCGACGAGAAGAAGGCCGCGAUGAAGGCCGCGGGGGAGACGUUCGACGCGGAGGUGAAGAAGCUGCAGGAGACCUACGAGAAGCUGCAGAAGGACAAGGAAGAGAGCAUCAAGGCCGUGAAAGAGUCAGGCCUUGGACUCAUGCAGGCGGUCGCGAACUCCCUCAAGGCAGCGAAAAAGGAGGAGCUCUAA